AUGGCGUGGGCGCUGAUCCUGGCCCUCUGCAUCGGGGUGCUGGACCCCACGAGCGCGCUGGAUGCCAUGGGUCCCCACACAGCAGUCCGCCUGGCGGAACUGCUGACCCCCGAGGAGUGCGACCACUUUCGAUCACUUCUCGAGGCGCCCGAGCCCGACCCGGAAAAGGAGCUGGCCCGGUUAUCUGAGGAGUGGCUGGCGACACCCGAGCCACCCACACCCGCGCUCAGGGCGCAGGACUCGGUGGGACAACGGCGGCGGGCCGCAGCGGAGCUGGCCCGGCUAUCUGAGGAUCGGCGGGCGACGCCCGAGCCACCCACAUCCGCGCUCAGGGCGCAGGACUCGGUGGGACUACGGCGGCAGGCCGCAGCUGCGCAGCUUUCCAAGGGCACCAAGGGCGCGUCCGGGCCUAGAGAGGUUUCCGACGGCUGCCGCGAGGCGCUGGCGACCUGGUUGGCCGAACGGGCCCUGGACCUGUCGUGGCACCGCGUGGCCCGAGCCCUACGGCGCAGUGGCCGCCCCGAUGUGGCGCGGGAGCUGGCCAAGAACCUCCACCAGCAGGCGACGUUGCAGCUGCGGAGGACUGGCGCGAGUUACCUGCAGCAACUCCGGGCCCGAGCCCUGGCCCCGGUCCCCGCCCCGGCCUCGGUCCUCGUUCCCGCCCCCGGCCCCGCCCCUGGCCCCGCCUCCGGCCCUGGCCCUGCCCCUGGCCCUGGCCGGGCCAAGGUCCCUGCCCCUGCUCCUCGCGCCCGCCGUGCCGCCGCCCCGGAGCCCGUCUGGGAUCCGCUGGAGCUGAUCCUGGAGCGCCUGCCGCAGCCCCCGUACACGCGCAGCCCCUCAGCCUGGGCCGGGCCGCUGGCGCUCGGCCUCCUCUCUGGCUUCCUGGGAGCGCUGUGCACCGGGACGCUGGUCACCGUGCUCACGCUGUGGAUCACCGGCGACAACCGCGACGGCGACCCGGCGUGGCCUCGUGCCCGCAGCCGGGCCGCCGCCUCCCUGCCCAAGCCGGCUCGGACGCCCUGCAGCUGGGAAACGGUGCCGCUCCUGCCUCGGUCCUGGGCGCCACAGCCACCCUCGCCCCUCUGCCCGUUCGACGGCGGCGCACCGCUAUAA